GGGCAUGUGGGCAUGUGGGUAUUUGGCUGGAUGAGGAGACUGUCGAAUCUCACAUGCCAGAGGUUUUUCAGGGUUACUCUGACACACAAAUUAUUUUGGACUGUACUGAAAUACGCUGCCAAACACCUAGUUCUCUUCUCCUCCAGAGUGAGGUGUUCUUGAACUAUAAAUCACACUGUACAUGUAAAGGAUUAAUUGGGAUGGCCCCUCACGGCGCAGUAACCUUUAUGUCGUCUCUCUAUGAAGGUGCCAUCAGGCGAUAAAGAGAUUCUGAAGCAGUCUGGCAUUGUGGCUAUCUUAAACCCAUCUAUGGCCAUAAUGGUUGACAAGGGUUUCCUUGUAGAAGAC